AAAACAGAAGCUCGUUUGAUCGACAAACUACUAAUUUUAUUCAACGAACGUGCAGCUAGAUACACAUAAAUAUUUAGCGUAUAGUAACGCCGGCGUAUUCGUGCAAAUGUUUUUUUACCGUGAAAAUGGCCAAAUAAGCAUUUGAUAYUUUAUUAUACGAGUGUAUGGUUUUAAAUCGGGAUCGUCAUCGUUCGUCGUGAUGAGACUAGACAGGACUUCGAAUCGUUUACCCUUUUUACAACAAUUUGUACCCGCCACGGUGAUUUGAUCCUUACAUAUAUAGAGUCUAUAUUAUAGACUGUCAGCUUGCAGUGUAACAUCCUAGUGUAAGGAUUGACGUUAUAUGACAAUAUAUUAUGUAUAUGCGUGUGUGUGAGUAUACGRUGUGUUUAUAAAAAGUUAUAUAAUAUUAUUUAAAAUUGACCCCGAUCUCUUGUGGUGCGUGACAUGAUAUGACACCAAGAAAGGAACGUCGACAAUAAAAGGUCCGAGCAUCACUAGAGGGAGAACUCGUCGAACAGUGCGGUAACAAAAUUAUUGUCAGCUUCACGUCAUUAAAUAUAAUAAGUUACAAGACGUUGAUCAGUUACAAAAAUCGGCGUGCGAUCGGCGUCAAAACGAAGUCGACGGUUUCGGCGAAGGAAAGCUGCGACAAGAUCACCGUGAGACAUCGGAACUCCAAGAUCACGGUGCGGAAUACGUGCUACCGUCUUUCGGCCACCGUGGUGACGAUCAAGCUGCAGGCAUCGACGAACAGCGGGGACGGUUGAUCGCCGGCUGUGACGUCCCGCUGAUCGUCACCGGUCCGGCUCCCAUCUAUCCGGCUAUCCACGCUUCGCCGAGUCCCACCACAUCGACCAUCACAACCAGCCGCCUGCAGCUCCAGCAGAGUCCCCAGCAGCUUAAGGCCGAGGGAUCGACGACGUCUUCUGCCCGUCCGGAAAUCAUGUUGCAACAGUACCAACAGCAACCGGAUUACACGCCCUACGGCGGCAUCGGGUACGGUGCGCAGCCCAACGCGGGUUACUUCAACUAUGGCGCCACCGAGUCCUCCUGGUAUGGUUCGCCGUCGUCGGGCGCCGCCGAUCACGCGCAAAUGCAUGCUUGCAACUCACAUAUCGGCGAAAGUACAGGAAACUUCCUGAACCAYGGUUAUCAUCAACAAGCUACGUUGACAGGGGCGUCGACGUCUUCGGCGGAAUCGUUCGUCGCCAACAGCCAUCAUCCUGUUUCCCAGACCGACAUGACAGACCCCAUGGCCGAUUUCUUGGGCGGCCACCAAAACAUGACCGAAAACGAUAAGAUCAUCAAGGAGGAGUCCAUAGACUGGCUCUCGACCAUCAUAAACGACGAAGUCGUCGAUCACGGUAACCGGUCCGACGCUUGUGCAGAUGGGGGCGGUGGAGGUGGAGGUGUGGCGGGCUCGGGCGCCAACGGCAAACUCGUCGGCGAUCUGACGUGCGAGGGAAGGGAGUCCAACGGCCGGUUGCCAAACUUUCAUCAGGCCUUCGGGUCCACCGAGAUAGGCAGGUUCUCGCAGCACGAGUACUACGAACCGCCGAAAGACACGGCCAUCAACGAAUGCCAGUCGGCGGGACGGUCGGCAUCGGCCGCCGCCUCCGCUGCGCAGCAGCAACAGUCCGGCGCCGGCACGUCGCAGCAGCGACACGACGAACAGCACGCGGUGGCGGCGUCGUUUGAACCGCCGCGGCAACAAAACAGGCGUGGACGCGCCCAGCGCGGCGGUGGCCAGAAUAGGCGCAACAAGCAGACCAGAACGGCGGCCGCAGCAGCGGCAGCGGCUGCUGCCGUGGCCGCCCAACAGUACGUGGGUUACGAGGUGACUGGUGCCGCGGUGGGCAGGCACCAGGUGCCUCCGUACCACCAUCAAGACCCGUACAACCGGAACCAUCAUCAUCACGCCCAACAGCAGCGGUAUCACCAAGAAUACCAUCACCAAAACCAGCAGUACCAGAACCACCAACAGGAUUACUACAGGUCGUACGAUCGGAUGCAUUACCAGCAACAACAACAACAACAACAACAGCCGCCACUGCCAUCGAAUCAGUACUACAAUGGCAACGACAACGGUGGUGGAGGCAGUAGUAGCAACGGCAGCAGUGGCGUCAACAACAGUAACCGGGAACAGUCGUACGCUGGCGGAUACAACCGUUUUCACUCGUGCUGCUCUACCGAGCACAUAUCCAGGCCCAGUCAUCACCACAACUACGGUCCGGGCCAGUACUACGGUGAUUACAAUACCUACAACCAGUGGUGAUGAGGAGUGAUCAUCAUCAUCGCCGCCGCCGUGUCAUAAAAUAUCGUUUUAAAUUUAAAAAAAAAGUAUAUUAUAAAUAAUAAAAAUAUUAUGUUUGGUUUGAGCGCACCAACAACGGCGGGUGUGCCUUUCAAACAUUCUCCCUUACCUCCAUUCACCUCAUCCCUGUCGGAUACAAAAUUAAUAUUUUUAACUCACUAUAUCUGUGAUACGAUGACGAUGGUAAUACACGGUACCUAUAACGAUAUUAUAUUUUGAUGUAUUAUUAUCACACGUUAUUGUGCAACAACAAAAUUUGUGGCUUAAAUGUGAAUAGUAGAAUUUACCGUUUUUUUUUUCUCGGACACUCAACGAGUCAAUUAUAAUGUCGAAAACGAAAUUCCCGAUUUGCAUAACAUUCGUCUUCUCGCGACACGUUUUACAAAAAAAAAAA